GUUAUGGGCUGGACAGUAUUCAUGAAUCUUGUGAUCCAGUGGAAGCUGUAAGGAAAUCUGAGGCAAUAUUUAUUGGAGGUGGGAACACAUUCCGUCUCCUGAAAGCUCUCUAUGACAACAGUCUGAUACCGGAGAUCAGGAAAAGAGUUCUUGAGGAUGGGAUUCCUUACAUGGGAUCCAGUGCAGGAACUAAUGUUGCUACCGUCAGCAUCAACACUACCAAUGACAUGCCAAUUGUUUAUCCACCUUCCCUGCAGGCCCUAGGUUUAGUUCCUUUUAAUAUUAACCCCCACUACCUGGACCCAGAUGUUAAAAGCACUCACAUGGGUGAGACAAGAGAGGAAAGAAUUCAUCAGUAUCAUGAAGAACCAGACACCCCUCCAGUUCUGGGCUUGCGGGAAGGUGCGAUGCUGCUAGUGGAAGAAGACAAAGCCACCUUGCAAGGAGUGACAGGAGCACGUCUGUUUUUGAGGGGUAAGAAACCAACUGAACAUGAGCCUGGAACAGAUUUCAGUUUCCUCCUGAUUGACAGUAAUCCCUUGAAUCUGUAGCCUUGCAUAUUCUGCAGCAAAAGUCACUAUACAGGAAGACAAUGAGGAAGAAGGAAAGAGAUGCUUCCAGUCCCAGGGUGGGUGGAGAACCUUAUCUUUAUAAAGAUGAAUAUGCAUUAGUGGGUUCUUUCCCCCACCUUAAUUCAUGUCUCAGACAUUUCUCCUUCCCAGCAAAAAGGCAAUUUUUACUGCAAUACUUGAGUAAUUAUAGCUAUUCUUAGUUUGAAAGGGUCUAUACAUUCAUGUAUCCACUUAGAUUCCUUCCCCACCAAAAAGAAAUUUACCUUAACACAACUAAGACAGGACAAAGUCAGCUGUUCCUGCUGCCUAGCUUUACCUGCUAAAUGAAAGAAUUGUUCAUUUAGUGUACUCCAACACUAUUAGUUUCAUUUUUGUGCUAUUAAUAAAGGGAGAAGUUAUGCAU